AAAUUUAGAACAGGUUUUCGUUGGCACUGACUAUAAUCUAGGAUAUAUAUUUAUAGAAAUGUGGACAGAAAGGGGUGAGAGUAGAUCGAGUACUUAGGGGAUAUCAAAUUUUUUUUUAUUUCUGGUAUAUUUUUGACGUGAGGUUUUUUUUAUAUUGGAGGGUGAAUAGGGAGGACAAGAAAAAAAAGAUAUUUUGCUAGAGUUAGAUUUGGUACUGGUGUCUUCCAAGUGGUCAGAUGUUUAGUUUCCUUUGCCCAAAUGGCACAGUGUUCAGUCAAACUGCACGAGUUUGCGACUGGUGGUUUAAGCAAUCGUCAACGUCAACGUCAUGAAUAAAGAAGAAUUCGGAUACACCAGAAGGGACCCACAAGUCCUUCGACGUGCGUACGAUCACCCUAAGCCCGAAAGUUUAGAAGGCGUGUCAGGACGAAGCGCAGGAGGUUCUGGAGUAGGAGGGACCUUAACGGAAACCGGAAGUGCCCAAGCUAACGUACAACAUCGUCCAGCUCAAGAGACCUCAGUCAUUCGUGACACUUCGAAGCCACCAAACGUCGUCGAGUUUCACUUUAAAGUUUCACCUAAUUCUGUUACCAAACAAGAUCGUGAGAUGAGAACAGAACAGCUGACGCCGCUGUCAUCUAGGGACAAAAGUUUAAUUGGCGGCUUAUCAAAUUUGUCGAUAGACAAAAAUGUCUUUGAAGGCUCUGAGGAUUUACCGCAAGUGUUUCAAGUUAAAUAUCUGGGCUCACAUGACGCACGUGGUCUCUGGGGGAUAAAACACACGAGGAAACCUGUUGAUAAUAUGGUAGAGAUGGCCAAGUCUUUACCCACUGGCACAGUUUUGCCUCUGAUGAAAUUAAUCGUCUCGACGGAAGGAGUUACUCUGGUUCCUUAUGGUCGGAAAAUUUCUGAAGCGAAUAAUAAUAAUAGUGCGAGAAAAUUGUAUCCCAUUGAGACGAUAUCCUAUGGGGUUCAGGAUCUGGUCUACACUCGGGUCUUCUCGAUGAUCGUCGUACGGGACACGUGUAAUUUUCGUAAAGUUUCACCGUUUGAGUGCCACGGGUUUGUGUGCGAGUCGAAAUAUCACGCGAGGCAGAUGACAUAUGCACUUGCCACUGCCUUUCAAAUUUAUUCCCACGCUAUUAAGAAUGUUAAAGAUGGUAAAGUUGGACCGGGAAGUGGAAAUAAAAAAUUCGCUAUCGAUCUCAGGACACCUGAGGAAAUUGAAACUGAGUUGACAAGAGAUUCUGAGGCUUGAAUAUAUUUUUAUAUAUUUAUAUGUGUGUCUUUUUUUAUUUUAUUUUUUUUUUAAUGCAAAUUAUUUAGUGCUCAGCAAAAAAAAAUUUUUAAUUCAAAUUUUGACAGAUCGAGUGGUCAAAUUUCGAAAUUUUUUAUUUUUAGCCAUUUUUUUUAUUAUACUAAAUAACUUUUAAAUGUCAUAUAUAUACAUAUUUUUUUUCAUACUUCAAAAAUUAUUUAGCAGACCAGAAAAAAAAAUUAAUUUUUUAAAUUCAAAUUUUGACAGAUCGAGUAAAAUAUAAUUUCAAAAUUUUAAAUUCAUCGCGAUUUUUUUUUUCUUUAUAGAUGCUAAUUUUUUUUUCAUACUUCAAAAAUUGUGCUGAAUUCAAAAAAAUUUUUAAUAAUUCAAAUUUUCGGAGUCCGAGUAAAAAAAAAAAUUCAAAAUUAAAUUUUUUUUUUAAUUUUCAGCAAUUUCUUUUUUUUUUUUUAAGACAAAUUUUUUGCUAGUAUACUAAAUAAUUUGAAAACUUCAUGUAUAUAAAACCGGGGCAAAAUGAGCUGUCAUAUUUUUUGUAGAUAUCCAGGGUAAGUUGAUCAACCUUAACUUGCAGCCAUAUAAAAAUUUUCAUUGAAAAAAAUUUAGAUUUCGAGUUUUCAUUACCUAAAUUAUUUUUUCACUACCGAAAAAAUAGACAUUGAGGUAAAAUGGGUCGAAAUUAUAAAAAAUUUUCAAAAUCCGCUGUCCAGCUGAUCAACUUUCUCAGUUUCCUUCUUACAAAACUAAGAAUUCUUUAACAAAAAAAAUUUUGUUUUUUUCUAAGAGAUAACUCAUUUUGCCCCUGUCUCGCUUUUUAUUUAUAUACCGAUAUAUAAAUGUAAAUACGUGAUAAAAUAAUUAUUAUUGUUAAAUUGUUGUUUUCGAUUAAUAUUUUAUCAACAAGACUCGCGCCUGUCUUUGAAUAUGGCUAGUUGUCCAAAGAUAUCGAUAUAAAUUUACAAAAAUACACCACGUGCUUAUUUAAUAUAUAUAUCAUUGAUUAAAUAGCACAUUUUCUAUAUAAAUUUUUAAAUUACCGAUUUUGAAUCGCAAAUAUUUUUUUUCAUAAUUUCUAUUAAUAGAUUGAGCAAUUAAUUAAUUAUUAUUAUUAAAUAUAUAUAAGCGCUUAUCACAAAGCAAACCAUUAUCAAUAUACAUAUCGCUUGUACAUAAAACCAAUUAAAUAAAUUUAACUAUAACAUAUAUAUAUAAUUGUGUAUAUUGUAAAUAAAAGGCUUGGGACUUUCGUGUAAAAUAAAAUGAAAAGGUUCUAAAAAUAAUUCUGGCCGAGUGCUUUUGUGUAAAUAAGAGUAUUCAUAAAAAAGGAAGCUGAUUGUAUUGAAUUAUUCUCGAUUGUACUUUAUUUCCGGGAUGUUAUUUCUUUAUAUAUAUUUAUGUUUGUAUUUAAAUAUAUUGUAGAUUGUAGUUGGCUGCAUUUUAAAUGUCAUUGUCUAUUUACUUUAAUCAUUUUAUACAUUUUUUUAAUAAUAAGCUAUUGAUAUUAAGAAUUAAUUGAUAAAUAUGAUGAUUGAUGAUAUAUGUAGUAUUUGAUUUAUUGUAUGCAGUAAUUAAAAAAUAA